AUGCCCAGAGCCCCGGGUUCAAAUCCUGACCACCACCACCCUUCUUUCCCCCCCUCCCUCUCUCUCUCCCAGUGGGACUCCAUCAACGAGAUGGACGAGUUCUUCCAGCCCAUCCACACCUACCAGGUAUGCAACGUCAUGACGGCAAAUCAGAACAACUGGCUCAGGACGAGUUGGAUCCAGAGGCACGGGGCUCACCGGGUUUACGCCGAGAUCCAGUUCACCCUACGGGAUUGCAACAGCAUGCCGGGUGUCUUGGGCACCUGUAAGGAGACCUUUAACCUCUACUACCUCCAAUCCGACCGGGAUCUGGGCAGUACCACCCGCGAGAGCCAGUUCGUCAAAAUCGACACCAUCGCGGCCGACGAGAGCUUCACCAACGUGGACCUCGGCGUCCGGCGGCUCAAGCUGAACACCGAAGUCCGAGGGGUGGGGCCCCUGACCAAGCGGGGGUUCUACCUGGCCUUCCAGGACAUCGGCGCCUGCAUCGCCGUCGUCUCCGUCCGCGUCUAUUACAAGAAGUGUCCCACCAUGGUCAGGAACCUGGCGGCUUUCUCCGAAGCGGUGACGGGGGCGGAUUCCUCCUCCCUGGUGGAGGUGCGGGGAGAGUGCGUGACGCACUCGGAGGAGAGGGACACCCCCAAAAUGUACUGCAGCGCGGAGGGCGAGUGGCUGGUGCCCAUCGGGAAGUGCGUCUGCAGCGCCGGGUACGAAGAACGGAAGGACGCGUGUUUGGGUAAGACACGGGGCGGGGAGGAUGGUUUUGGGGGGGAGUACUGA